CCCGCCGGGCCGGGCCGGGACAGGGGCAUCCCGGCCCCACCCCGGCCGGCCCCGCUCGGGGCGGGGACUCCCAGGUUUCGGCGGCGGCGGCCGCGGGGCCCGGCCCGCCGGCGGCAUGAGCCCUGCGGCGGGGCGGGGGGGCGGCAGCGCCGGGCAGGGCAGCCCCCGACGCCAUGCCCAAGGAGCGGCCGCUCUGGCGGGGCGCCGCUUUCCGCCUCUGCCUGCUCUCCGCCGCGCUCCUCCUCUGCCUGCAGCUGGGCAUGAGGCGAUCCUGGUGUCCGGAGGAGAAGUCCCGGGAGCCGGCGGCGGCGCGGGCGCCCGCCCCGUCCCGCGGCGCGGAGCAGCGCCCGGCCGGGGUGGCGGUGGCGGUGGCGGGGGGUGGCCGUCGCAGGGUCACCUACGUGCGGAGCGGGCGGCGGGGCAGCGCCGCACCCGCCUGCUGCGCCCCGCAGCCCCCGGACAGCCGCCGCAGGAAGACUGUAAGAUGGCACAUUGAACUACAACCAUGGGCAAGUCCAACCCCUUCCCUCAACUAUGAGGCCUCAAGGUUCCUAAAAUACAUUAGCACUACUCAGAUUUCAUGUGAACACAUGAACCUGAACAGCUUGAAAGGGUACUCUGAAACCGCAAAAAAACCUUGGUCAAUCUGUCUUGAUGAGAGGUUUAGCCUCAUCCAUCGAAUCAGAAACAAGCAGUGCCGUCUCUAUUCACUUGGGCUAGGCAAUGAUGACAACCAGUUUGAGCUCAGCAUGGCCAACAGUGGAUGUGAGGUGCAUCGCUUCGACCCCAGCAUCAAGUCAGCUCACAUUCAGGAGGGCCGGCACCUCUGGUACCAUCGCCUCUCCAUUGACUGGAGGGAUCCCAACCCAGCCAUUGCAGCUCAUAAACUUCACAGCAACACAAAGAAGCUGGGCACAGUGUUGAAUGAAUUUGGGCAUCAGAAGAUUGAUGUCCUCAAGGCAGACGUGGAGAGUGCCGAGUGGAAAAUUUUGGAAAACCUGAUCCUGGAAGAUGUUGUUGAGCAGAUAGGACAGUUGGUCUUUGAGGUGCACAUCCACUGGCCUGGGUUUGAGGUCAGUGGCAAUGACAGCACCGUGGUGCGGUACUGGUACAGUCUGCUCCGAGAACUGGAGCUGAAGGACUUCAAGCUUUUUCAUACCUACAAAGACUUAUCAAAACCACAGGUGUUUCUGAAAAAGGAAGCCUUCAACGCCAGUAGCUGUUACACACUGAGCUGGGUAAAUACAAGAUGGAAAUAGCAGAAAGGAAUUUAUGAUGUGCGAUUGCAAGCCAUCUGGCCCCAUAGCGUUAUUGAAGAGGAUUUUGGCGUCGCUGGCUAAAGUUGCUAAAUAUGCACACAGUGACUGCUAACAAAAUGAGCUGGCUUUUAUAUUUAUAUGUUGUCAAAAGAGCUGGCAGUAGGAGAAGAUACAUGGUGCAGUUUUGUAUAGCAAUAUAUUUGCCAGUGGGUACAUUGUCCCAGAGGACAGAGGUUUCUGUAAAGAUUUGUCUGUGGGAGCUAAGAGCAAGGCUUUUCCAGGCUGCCCUGUGCUUGAGCAUGCCAGCAAGGAGGGCAUCCCUCUGGGCUGCCCUGGGAAGCUGUGCUGGCUGAGCAGGGCCAGCCCUUGGGCAGGAGAGUGCUUGUGAUGAGGUGUCUUUUUAAGAAAAUGUCAAGUGUUACUUCUCUGUAAAGUGAUCAUCUUUGAUUUAUACGUAUUUUACUUUGGCCUUGUUUCCUAUGGAACAAAUUUUAGGCAAGAACAGUAUGUUCUUGAACCCACUGGCAAAUUUCAGCUGAAUUUGGCUGAGACAGAAAUCACCACCAAACUAAACUUCUAUUUCUUUGAGCAGCUUCUGAGUGCUCUGACUGAGGUUUCUUGAGCUAGUCUGGCUGCAGAAAGUGACUUCAAUGCUUCUAACACAGGAGACAGUGGGACAGAGACACUCAGCUGCUGGAUAAGCUGCUGCCAGAGCUCCCCUUCCUCACCCACAAGAGCCUUCAGCCACAGAAGACAGGGCUUCCCUAGUUCAUCUGCUCAAAGAACAGCUUGAUUGAAAUUACUCAUGCAAUGGCUGCAGCUAGUGGUUUUUGAUCUAGUGAGUUAUAGGUAAGAGAUGAAAAUGCAACCUGGUCUUUUUUGUUUGUUUUGGUUUAGUUGAACCAGUCCUGGUUGCCUUUUCCAGUGCUGUGCCUCACCACCUCUCCCUGGCAUAAGAAGGCCAGACCCUGGAUCUGCACUGAUGCUGGCAGAGGUGGUGGCCCAAGCAGGUGCCCAGGAAUGCAGCUGUGCUGGGGCUCUGCAGGCUGGAAUGUGGAUUGUCUGCAGUGUCCCUGGGAGCCUUUGACAUUCCCCAAAGAGCUAAGGAAUUGGGGAGCUAAAAAUAUUAUAUAUAGCAGGUUGUAUUUUUUUCUUAUCUUUGGAUGAAUUUUGACAUUAAACUUUGCAUUAAAAUACAAGA